AUCACUGUAUGUCAUUCAAAGCUAUAAUACAGUCUGUGAAAGAAAGGGAAUGUCAGGUAUCAACAGUUUCUGAAAUUAAUGUAUUUUAUCGUCAAAGGAUCUAAAGGCGUUUUGUGAAUAUGGAAUAUGGACAGGCUGACAAUUAAGUGUGAAUGAAGAUUAUACUAUACAAAGAAUUAACAACAGAGGUAACUCAGUUCCUGUUGUUCUUCACGCCUUGUGAUUAUGGCUGUGUAUUACACACGACCCGAUCAGGGAUGGUCUUGGGUUGUACUUCUCGCGUCCUUCGGAUCUCACUGCAUCCACGGUUUCUUCCUGACGGCCUCCAGUUUGCUUCAACUUUCUCUACUGGACUAUUACAAAGAAAGUGUGUUUAAAACUUCAUUUGCACUAUCAAUGUUCCUGGGGUUGUAUUCUACGUCAGGAUUUCUAGCAAGUUUGAUAGCCAACAGGUGGAGUUGUCGAGUCUCCAUGAUGACGGGUGGAAUCAUCGUGUCAAUAAGCCACGUUGUGACAGCUUUCAUGCCGAACAUUACAUUGGUUAUCAUCUCGCUGGGGACAUUUGGCGGAAUUGGGAUGGGAAUAUGCUACACAUCAUCUAUUGUUGUUAUUGGAUACAACUUUGAGAAGAAAAGAAACUUUGCAAGUGGAUUAGCUGUAGCAGGGAUAGGUAUUGGAGGAUUUGCUUUCGCGCCAUUAAUGCAAACAGCUAGUGACUAUUUCGGUUUUCAUGGACUAUGGCUGAUGUGCGCAGGCCUGACUUUACAAUAUUGCGUGUUUGGUAGUUUGUUUUAUCCAUCAAAACUGGAAAUUGAUCGAAAGAUAGAAUUGAAAGUUAUAAAAGUGCCACCAUGUGAUAAUCAUAUCAAGAAGAGGGUAACAUAUCCAAUGCUUAGAGAAAUAUGCAGUGUUUUUACACAAAAACCGCUUAUCUAUGUAAAUAUAUCCAUGUUUCUUUGUAAUUCUGGAAUAUUUCUUAUAUACCUCCACUUUGGAAGUUAUGUGACUUCAGUUGGAUUCAGUAAGUUAGACGCCGCCUUUCUUCUUUCCAUUUUUGGAAUCUGCAGUUGUGUUUUUCGCGUUCUACUCGGGUUGGCCUCCAAUGCCAGUAAUAUCGACGAAUUUGUCAUGUUUGGAGGAACUUUCACGCUAACUGGAUUAUCUUCGAUGAUAUUUCCGUUGUAUGGUCAAACUUACAGUGGUCAGGUGUUUUAUAUGGUGACCCUAGGCAUGUACUGUGCCGGCUGUUAUGUCCUUCUGAACUCCAUCAUCGUUAUUCUAGCUGGGAUUAAAAAUCUAGCGACUGUGUUUGGCUUUAUCCUGCUGUUCACCGGUUUUGGCACUUUUAUUGGACCUUUGCUAGGAGCUGCCAUCGUUGACCUCGGAGGAACGUACGGUUUAUCGAUUGCUAUAGCAGGUGCAGUUAUUGUAGUUGGUUCCCUCUUUGCUUGGGCAUCAGGAGCUGGCGACCGACGUGGUAUAAAAGACUCACCAGAGGCGAUUGUUUAUCAGGAUAGCGAGAGUACUUCUUUUAUAGGAGAAAUUCAGGAACAUGUAUUUCAAAAUAACGAUCAACACGUUGGAGAAAACGGAAAGAUUGUGUGACAGCAGGAAUGCUGAUUUUCUUAAAUGCUAUACAUGCUGAUUUUUAAUGCUGACGAUGCUUACUGAUUUGAAUGUCCUAUCGUGUUACAAUGCCGGGUUUGCUAUCUCAAAAGAAACAAAUCUGGGUCAAUGCUAACUAAUAUCGCCAUUACCCUUUUUAAUGUCUAAAUAAAUAAACCAUAAGGCAUUGUUUCAUUUAAAAACAUUUUUCCUUAUCAUUCUAUAUUCUCAAAAUUCCCUCCAAUAUUGGAGAAACAAAGACGUUUGUAAAUUCCGUUUUGAUCGAUUGGUUGUUUUGGGGUUUAGUGCCGUUUGGACAAUAUUUCAGCAAUGUUACGUUGGAUAACUAAAUGGAAUAUGAUCGGUUCUGGGGGUUUUUGCGUUUCACUGACGGCUCCUAGUGAGCCUAGUCUUUUUCGAAAUCCAGAGAAACAAUACUUUACGUGCCAAGAAGGUUGUCUAAUAACGCCCCGAGAGACAUAAAAAGUAAACAUGUAAGCAGUUGUAUUAUAACAGUAUGACUAUUUCUUUGUACAGAUUGCAUUCUUGUAAAUAUUGUAUACUAAUAGCAUGGCUAGUAUGUGAGUACAUGUACAUAGUAAAAGGAUAAAUUGAACAUAUAUUCUAUUGACAUUAAAACAUCAAACGCAUUAGGCACAAAUUCACAAUAUUAGAUAGCCUUCUCCCAAAACGGAUGUGACGCAUAGCUAAUAGACAGUUACAAUAUAUACAUUCAGGCUGAGGUUCUCUGUUAAGUUGGUAAGAAUGUGUCAAUUUGGAAUGGCCGAUGCAUAUUCUUGCAACUUGAUAACACUUCGUCCUGGCGUUUCAGUACGAAGUUGCACGGUUUGGCUAUUUCGUUUUGAAUAAAAUAAAGUUUAUUUGUGUCACAAAAGUCCAAAUAGAUUUGUUAAAACAAGUUUACAUAUAGUUUUGGUCAGUUGAGACUUGCGGAUGGGCGUUAACUUGGUUAUAUUAUAGUAAAUACAUGUGUAUGUGUUUUUGUGUCAUUACAUGAAAAAUGUUAAUAUACUGUACAGUGAUUUAAUCCAUAAAUCCUAUAAAAAUCGAAGAGAGUGCAAACAUGCAUCUCUGGAAAAACAAUAAG